CACUCUCUUCAUCUCUUUCUAUUUGGUUUAAGCAAAUUUUUAAAAGAAAAAAAUCAGAACUUUGUUUUGUCUCUGUUUUUGUUUUUUUAAAUCUUUUCUUUAAUGGGACUAUCAUUUUCCUUUGAAAAGUUAAACCAUAGUAUUGAAAAUACAUGUGAAGUGAGGUGGCAACCAAACAAACACACAGAGAACAGAGAUCUAUGUUCUGGGUUUUGUUCAUACUUUAAAUCUCAUGCAUUUAAGGUCUGGGUUUACAUUUAUAUGAUGAUUUAGCUUAAAAGAGCUCAUCAUCUCAAAUGGGGAUGCUUUGCGCUUGAUGAAAUGUCUGUGAAAACUUCAGGUAUGGUUUUACUAAGUAAUUAAUGAGGGAAUGUGGGAAAUUUUGUUGCCUUUUUUUUUACAUAUUUUUUAUUAUUAAAUUUAGAGAUUUGGGGCUUGUUUACAUUAAUGGAGAUGUUAUAUGUUUUGAUAUGAUUUCGAGAUUCCGAAAAUCGAAUUUACAUAAAUGCUGUGAUUCAUCAUGACUAGGGCUGUUAGGGUAUUAAAGGAUGCUAAUGGUGAUAAUUUUAGUGACCAUCUAAAGAAUCAUAUUCAUUUGACUAACUGUAUACACUUGAAGAAUCAUAUGCGUCAUAAGCAUAGCCCUAUAAUGUCCGACCGAUCGAUCGUGAGGGAUCUUAUGAUCCUUCAACGAUCCCGGUCCCUUAGGGAUCCUUCUGCAAGUCCUCCUUAUUGGCAUUCACCUUUGGUUGCUGAUUUGCUUUCGAAAAAGGUUGAUAAGGAUGGUUUUUAUCGAGAGGGGAGAAGGUCUGUUGGUGUUGAGAGGCCGAGAAGUGGAAGGAGGUUUUCGGUAAGUUCGCCGGCUUUGCCUAAUUUCGUGACUUCUAAAGUUGUGCCGGGUGAAGGUAGUGGUAGUGAUCAUAGUAGUAAGAGUGGAGAUAGAGAUAAUCGAAGGAGUAGGAGAGAUCAUAGGACUGAUGUUUUGGGGGAGAAUAAUGAGCCUGUACUGGAGCAAGAUGGUAAUUGUUUGUCUCCUGAUGCGACCUCGGGUGGUUCUGGUUUGAAUGAUAGGAGUAAAAACCGAAAAGGGAAGCAAACACAAGGGAUUCAAGUGAAGACUUUAUCCGAGCAGUUGAAUGACCUUCCUGUGGAUAGUGAUGAUGUAUUGUCUUCCAAUGGUGACUUUCAUGGAAGGCAUGAGAAAACCAGUGAGGAACCUGAUGUCAGCGUCCGUGGUUACUCGAGUGGAUUAAACAAGGUGAAAAGGCGCAGGUUUCGAGGGGCAAGAAGAUCUCGGGCUGCUCCUUCUCAAGAGGUUGGAGGUCGGAAUGAGUUGUCUGUGGCUUCUAGUUUGUUUGCUCGAGGUUCAAUGCGCACAAAGUAUGGUAUGGAAGAGGAAGCAAAUGAAUAUGAUCGGCAAAACAUAACGAAGGCCCCUCGAAAUGGAUGUGGGAUUCCAUUUAAUUGGUCAAGAAUUCAUCAAAGAGGUAAAACUUUCCUUGACAUGGCAGGAAGGAGUUUUUCGUGUGGUUUAUCGGACUCUAGAUUACGGAAACGUGGGGCAGGUUUCCAUGGAAGAAAUUCUCCUGAAAUACCUGUGGAAUCCGAUCAGUCGAGCUCAUCUGCGAAGUUCAACGCUGAGGCACUGCCGCUUCUAAUCGAGGCAUCUGGAUCACAGGACAGCACGGACAAUGCUCGUUGGGUAAAUGACUAUUCAGGGGAGUUAGGUAUAUUUGCCGAUAAUUUAUUGAAGGGCAACAUUGAUUCAGACCUUGCUUCUGAAGCUCGAUCUAGUGACCAACAUAAGUUAGUCAGGAAUGGCCAAGGUAGGCACCAAAAUAUCACAAAAAAGUACAUGCCGAGAACUUUUAGAGACCUCGUUGGACAAAAUUUGGUAUCGCAAGCCCUUUCUAAUGCUGUUAUGAAGAGGAAAGUUGGAUUGUUAUAUGUCUUUUAUGGACCUCAUGGAACCGGAAAAACUUCUUGUAGUCGGAUAUUUGCUCGAGCUUUGAAUUGUCAGUCACUUGAGCAGCCCAAACCUUGCGGGUUUUGCGAUUCUUGUAUUUCACAUGACAUGGGAAAGAGUUGCAAUAUAAAGGAAGUUGGUCCUGUUAGUAACUUUGACUUCGAGAGUAUCAUGGAUCUUCUUGAUAAUAUGAACAACUCUCAGCUGCCUUCGCAGUACCGAGUUUUCAUAUUUGAUGACUGUGAUACUUUAUCCCCGGAUUGUUGGAGUGCCAUAUUGAAGGUCAUCGAUCGAGCACCCAGACAUGUGGUCUUUAUUCUUGUCAGUUCGAGUCUUGAUAUUCUGCCUCAUAUAAUUAUGUCCAGAUGUCAGAAAUUCUUUUUCCCGAAACUGAAGGAUGCGGAUAUAAUUUAUACCUUGCAGUGGAUUGCAUCUAGAGAGAAUAUCAGAAUCGAGAAAGAUGCACUUAAACUGAUCGCAUCUCGAUCCGAUGGAUCACUGAGGGAUGCAGAGAUGACUCUCGAGCAGCUGAGUUUGCUUGGGCAAAAAAUCUCGGUUCUGCUGGUUCAGGAACUGGUUGGGCUUAUCUCUGACGAAAAGCUCGUGGAUCUUCUUGAUCUAGCAUUAUCAGCAGACACGGUAAAUACCGUGAAGAGUUUGAGAGUGAUAAUCGAAACUGGUGUGGAGCCUUUAGCUUUAAUGUCACAGCUUGCUACUGUGAUAACCGAUAUUCUUGCUAGCAGUUACGAUUUCACUAAAGAAAGGCAUCGAAGGAAGUUCUUCCGGCGACAGCCAUUGUCGAAAGAAGAUAUGGAGAAACUACGGCAAGCUUUGAAAACGUUAUCCAAGGCAGAAAAACAACUGAGGAUGUCAAACGACAAACUAACAUGGCUAACGGCUGCUUUGCUUCAGCUUGCUCCUGAUCAGCAAUAUAAAUUGCCGAUUUCUUCCGGUGACACUAGUUCUCAUCAUAGUCCAUUGCCUCUAAGUGUUACAGAUGGAACAGAUAUACCUGAGAAAGGCCUUGAGCUUGUUCUGCUGCGUAAUAAUACUAGAGACUUGUCAACAAAUGUUAGGUCAGAAAAUCUCUAUGCAAGAAGUCCAGGGGAUUUCGAGACGGGUACCGGGAAGCGACAUCAGAAAUUAGUCAAAGAUCAUACGAGAAUCGAGAAAAUUUGGUUGGAGGUGCUUGAUAAUAUUCAAGUUAGUAGUCUAAAAGAGUUCUUGUAUCAAGAAGGAAAGCUGAUCUCGGUUAGAUUCGGUGCAGCCCCAACUAUACAGUUGAUGUUCAGUUCACAUGCGACAAAAUCUAAAGCCGAGAAAUUUAGGGGGCAUAUUUUACAAGCAUUCGAGUCCAUUCUCGGUUCUCCCUUGACAAUCGAAAUUAGAUGUGAAAUGAACAAAGAUGCCACAGCUGGUUUUCAUGGACUUCUCGUUUUACCAUCUUCCCGGGAUGGUCCAUCUCAUAUGAUCAUGGAUCUGGAGUCCAAUUCUCGAAGUAGGAUACAUGAGGCAGGUUUUCAUGAUACUAACAAAAGAGUUAUGGGAGAGAGAGAUUCCGGCAUGCAUCGGAAAUCACCCGAAGCAGGAAGGAGCGAAAUUGUUGAAAUUCCAGUUUCUCCGAGAGAAGCCAAGGACAACGAACAUGCAGCUGUUCAGGAGCUGAUGUUGGCAUCCUACUCAGGGAGACAAAAACCCGGGGAACUAACCCCGAGUCAGAGCAUUGUUAGUAAGCUGUCCAUUGCACACGUAAUUCAUCAUGGAGAUGGAUAUACACAAGAGAACAGAUGGUCAAAUCACAAAGCAGUUUCCAUUGCCGAAAAGCUCGAACAAGAGAACCUGAGACUCGAACCAAGGUCAAGAAGCUUACUUUGCUGGAAAACAUCUAAAGCAACACGUCGGAAGCGCUUGAAGAUCAGAACACGAAGACCAGCUCUGUUAUUGAAGCUCGUCUCUUGUGGAAGAUGUCUCUCUUCCAAAUCUCCUAGGUAAAGACCCGAUAAAUUCCCGGACGGCUCGAACAGUUAUUUAAUUCAUAUUACAUUUGUAAUUAGCUAUUCUUCUAGCCAUUUACAAGCUCGAUUUGAUCCGAAAAAAUAUUUUUCCUCGAAUAAACGUUCGAGUUUUUCAGAUUUGUAGCCUUAGGUUCCACGUCAAAUCUUGUAUUCAUCAACGGUGUUAGGCAUUUUGUCUGUGAAUUGAUUCUGCACACAAUCGUAUUAUUUUCUCAUGUUAUAAUCGUAUUUAUUGAUUAGAUUCAUUAA